AUCCCGGAGAAACCCGUGAGCGCCGUUGAGGCGGGCGGCUACGGCAUCGUCAUCGCCGCCGCCCUCGCCGUCGCCCUCGGCGCCAUCUGGUUCUCGUUCAAGGAGCUCAUCUUCGAACCCAAGGAACAGACGGUGUUCAACAGGGCGCUCGACAAGAUCGCCGUGGACCCGCGAGUGACGGUGCGCGUGGGCACGCCGAUGACGGGAUACGGCCGCGAGGGACGGAGCAGGAGCGCCAGGCAGCACGUGCCCCACGUCGUCCACGUGGACGGUGCGGGACGCGAGCACGUGAGGAUCCAGGGCGCCGUGAGGGGGCCGCAGGGUAAGGCGACGGUGCACGCGGAUGCGUACAAGGGCGACAGCGGCGAGUGGGAGUUUGCGUACCUGCUGGUGGAC